UCUCUCUCUCUCCUCGCUCCUCUCUCCUUCCCUCUUCUUUUUUUGAUUUCUGCAGUGAGUUCUCUGGUGAACUGUGUUGAACUGCAUGAACUAAUAAUCCAUAGGCCACUAUAAUAACCCAUACGUCAGUCAUGCUCUCGAUGAAACUGUCCGGUGCGAGGUGGAGGCUGGUAUUGAGCACUCUUUUCAUCAGUGCUCUAAUCCUCGAGUUAGGUUAUUGUCAAGAAGAUGCCCAAGACCCUAAGACCUCUCCGGGAAGAAAACCUAAGCCAGCAAAGGCCAAACAAGGGAAGGCAACAAAUAAAGGGCCUAGAGCUGUCACGGCUAAAGCCAAGGUCAUAGCCACGCCUGCAACCCAGGGAAAAGGCCUUCUAACACAGGUGCUAGACAAGGGGAGGUUUCUGAGGGUGGGUGACACCAUCAGCGUGCAGGCUGGAGAUACCCUGGAGCUGAGGUGCAAGGGUAAACCUGUCCAGUGGGCUGUACCCCAUUACCUGGAAGAGGAUGACGAUGGGAGACUCAGAAUCAUCCAACAAGAGAGGUAUGGAUCUCUGACAUUAGUCAACACCACAGGAGCCGACACAGGGGAGUACACCUGUUACCCAAUGUACUGUGAGGACACCGACUGCAGAAAGGAGUACGAUAAAGCUGUCAAAGUCUUCAUCUUCUUCCCUGACCCACAGGAGCUGUUUGUGCCAUCAUCUGACUACUAUGAGGUAAUUCAACUGCGAACCAACUGGCCUACAAUCCUCCCCUGCCAGGUGACAUCACCUGAGGCUAAGGUGACGCUGCACCGUGAGUUUCCUCCGGUGGAGGUGGCGGUGGAUGGUGCGGAGAUCUCCUUUGAUGUCAAACGGGGUUUCACUAUCCACCGGCCCCGGCAUCACCAUGCUGGAGCCUUGUACUGCGUGGCCAGCUUGGGCAACCUGAGACAGAGCUCAACCAAGUACAUGCUCAUAUAUGUUAACUACCCCAUGGCAGCCCCUGCCCCAGUGAUUCAAGUGUCCUCCAGCACAGUGGCUCUGGGAGAGAACCUGCAGGUCAGCUGUACAGUGAUAGGGGAACAAGACGUGGUCAUAGAUUUUACGUGGGAGUACCCUGGACAGCAGAUUGGCAGACCUCUGUACACCCAGGAGAGUGUGAGGCCAGUGGGCGGCGGUGCAGCCAGAGAACAGUCUCAGUCCAUUCUGCUAGUGGAUGAAGUGAGAGAAGUGGACCAGGGGGCAUACACUUGCACUGCUCAGAACCUGCAAGGCUCCAAAUCUGCAUCCAUAAUGGUUAAAGUGAUCACCAAAGCUAAACCUAAGAAGAAGCCAUAAAGACACAGAAGGAAGGAGAAUGAGAGAGACAGAGAAAAACAGACAGAAAACAGGCAAAUAUUCUUCAAAUGUUCUUUAUAUUUUCUCUUUCUCUCUGUAACAGUUGUCUCACCACAACUGUAGUAAGCCAAAUCAGUAUUUAAUUAGAUGCACACACAUGCAUAUAUAUUACAACAAAGCAGUUUACUUAGCUGUAUCUAUGAAUAAUGUCAACUAGUAAUGGUAUAGUAUAUGUGAUGGAAUAGGAUAGCUGAGUCUUUAUUUCCAAAUUGUUGUAUGGAAAGUGAAGUGCAAUACUUGUCUAUUAAA